AUGAUGUUAAGUAAUUUAACUCAUAAUGAAAGUGAUACAAUAUAUCAUGGAAAUCUUUUUCUUAAAAAUCUUGUUGAACAUGAACAAAUUGAAAUGAAGAAAAAUUCGACAACAACAACAAUAACAACAACAAAUCGAACCAAUAAUAAUAAACCAAUAAAUGAUAAACCAGUUAAUAAUCGUCUUGAUUUUCUUAAUUCUUCAUUAUCAUUAAUGCGUUCAACUGAUGAAUAUGGCGAUCUAGAACCAUCACUUGAUGUUUUAUCAUAUAAAUAUUUAGCUUAUUUACUUGAUGCAUUUAUUUAUUAUUUUCGUGAAAGUGGUUUAAAUGAAUCAAAUCAAAUAAUAAAAAAAAUAAUAACAUCAAAUAAUUCAUUUUUUCAACGUUCAUCAUCAACAUUAUGUCUUAGUUCAUUAGGACCAGAUCCAUUUCAAAUAACAAUUGAUGAUUCAUUACCAUUAGCAUGUCGUCCACAAUUAUUACAACCAAUAUAUGCUAAAUAUUCACAUUUACCAUCUCAACCUAGUUUAUCACAUCGUGAACAUUCAAUACCAGAUUUUUUACAACCAAAUUAUUUAAAUUUAUUUAAUAAUAAUAAUAAUAAUAAUAAUGAAGAAAAAACAAAUACAAAAACACGAGAUAAUGAUCGUAUGGCUGUUGAUGUUUUACUUGAUUUAAGUGCUGGUUUAAUAUCAUCUAAUCGAAAAAGAUUUUUUUUAUAUAAAACUUUUGUUUUUUUCACACGAUGGAGAUUUUCAAUUGAAUUAUUUGUUAAAUUAUUUUUGGAUGAUGUUAGUAAUGAACUUGGAUCAAUAAUAAAUGAAUCAAGUGGAUUUUCAGCUCGAGAACAACGUUUUCGUCAUGAUAUGGAAAGACUUAAAAAUGCUCAUCAAAAAGAUAUACGUUUUGAAGCGAUGGAACGUGAUCGUAUAUUAUUAAUACAAAAAACAUUUCGAAUACUUAAUUCAUAUUAUUAUCGUAAUCAAAAUAUGAAUUCAUCAUCAUCUGUACCACCAUUAGCUGUACAAAGAGUUAAAAUUACAUUUAAAGAUGAACCAGGAGAAGGAAGUGGUGUUGCAAGAAGUUUUUAUUCGUCAAUUGUUGAAGCAAUCUUAUCUGAAGAAAAAUUACCUGUACUUGAAUUGGGUACAUAUGGUGCUUCAUCAGCUGCUCAAUCAACAUCAAAUUCUUUAUCAUCACAUGCUCAACGACAACAACGUCCAUCACGUGAACGUCGUACAACAUUAGCAACAUAUUUACGUAGUGAUCGGCGUUCAUCAUCAAUGCUUCUUUCAUCAGAAGCACGUCCAUUUAAAUUUACAUUAUCAUCAACUGAUACAUCAACAACAACAACAAAUAAUAAUAAUAAUAAUAAUAAUAAUUCUGAAACAAAUAUAAAUGAACAUUGGACACCAAGUAAAAUAAAAUUAGGUGUUAGUAUUUAUCCAAAAGUAGCAGCUAUUCAACCAUUUCAUGCUGAAAAAAUUACUGGAAUGUUACUUGAAGGUUUACCAACACCACAAUUACAACGUAUUAUUAAUAUAGAUGAAGAUUUAAGAAUUAAAGUUGAAGAAGCUAUGAAUAUAUUAACAUCACAUAGUACACGUGAUGGACAACAAAAUGAUUCAUUAACAACAACAAAUGAACGUUUAUUAACAAAUAAAAAUUCAUUAUUUGAUAAACAAGCAAAUGAAUAUGCACCAUUGUUUUGGUAG